AUGAGGGAGUGUGUUCUGCUGCUGCUGCUGCUCGUCCAAGUGUCAGUGGAGUCGCGGUGCUGGCAGGGCCCGUCCUUCUCGUCGUCGGUGCUGCCCCCGGUGUCGUUGGGGCGUAGCGGCGGUCUGAUGCGUGUGUCUGGCGCCCCCUCUCUGCCGCGGUGCGUGGAGGCGGCGUGCGAGCUCGCCUGGGCGGACGUGGCGUGGCUCUUUCAGGGACGCUGCUACGUCCUGUCCUGCCAGCAGAGGGCGCAGUGCCGACCCCAGAGACGCCCCGGGGCCCAGUCCCACCUGGCCUUCCUCCAACGCAGCGCCCCCCUGCUGCCACCGCUGUACUGGGGGGAGUAUAAAUCCUCGGAGGAUCCUGGAGACCUGCAGACCCUCAAAGACCUGGUUCUACUCGGAUCCAAACAGGACUACGCAGAACCCGAUUUGGGGCUGAUGGAUUAUACUCAGAGCAAUGAGGAAAUCGACCCAACUGUCCAAUUAGAGCUCAAGGAGGGGGACAGACAUAACCAAUCAGAGGCUGAGAAUGAGACCACGGCCACAACAGAGAAACACAGAGAGGAGACGACGCUGCGCCCCCUUCAGGCAUUAGAGGUGACACAAAGCAGCUUGGUUUCACUGGCCCCUCCCACCCACGCAAACCCAAACCGAAACCAGGAAACGACAUCACCUCCUACUUUGAUUGUGAUGACAUCACUUCCUGUGGUCAAUGAGAAUCUGACAACUUCAAGUGUAAACGUUCAAAGCACAUCAGAGACUUUAAGAACUCCACAACCCGUGACAGAGUCUGUGGGAAACGCUGAGGAGCCCACAACAGAAAACACCAACAACACCACGACUCACAGCCUCCGCACAACAGUCUCUGUUAAAGCUCCGCCCUCAGCGCCAGCUUUUGCCCCGCCCUCUGUGGUUUGCUCCUCCUCUCCUCCGCCCACGUCCGCUGGCCCAGCCCUCCUUGGCUCAGCUCCGGUGGCUCACGCUGGGGGAAGCUACACCCUGAUCCUCCCCAACAACUCUCUGCUUCUCCAGGGCUCCGUGACGAACGCCGACCCCAGAGUGGUGUACUAUCUGUGGACACGAGACGCCCAGAGCCCAGCCGCUGGGGACGUGCUCUUUGGGUCUGAGUCCAGUUCUUCUCUGGUUCUGGUAAAUCUGGUGGAGGGUUCUUAUCUGUUCCAUCUCCGAGUCACAGACGCUUGGGGCAGAUCAGCCACUGCCACCGCCACGGUGCAGGUGCUGCCAGAGCCGGGCGGAGGAGACGAGGUGGAGCUGGAGCUGCAGGUGUCCGUCUCUCAGGUGAGCGUCUCACAAAGGGACACAUUGGUCAGUCAGAUCGCUGCUCUGCUCCACGUCUCCACCUCCGACAUCCAACUGAGACGACUCUAUGGACACGCGCGGCUCAGUACAGUGCUGCGGUUCUCAGUGCAGUCUCCUCCUGGUCCAGUCUCUGGUCCGGUCUCUGUGGUCUCUCUAUUGAGAUCUCAUCUUCUGAACGAGAGGACGGACUACUUGCUGUUCAGGGUGCUGCGCGUGGACACUGUGGUGUGCCAGCUGCAGUGCUCCAGCAGGGGGCAGUGUGACCCGGUCUCCAGGCUGUGUCUCUGUGACCCCUUCUGGACCGAGAACCUGCUCCGGACCUACCUCGGGGACGGGGAGAGCAACUGUGAGUGGAGAGUUCUGUACGUGAUCCUGAGCGGCUUCAUCCUGGUCCUCCUCAUCCUCAGUGCAGCUUGGACCUUCAUGUGCUGCUGCCGGAGAAAAAGACCGUCCAGAGUCCGGAGGAAGACCCGAUACACGAUCCUGGACAACGUGGACGAGCAGGAGAGAGUCGAGCUGAGGCCCAAAUUCAGUCUGAAGCACCGCAGUACGGAGCACAACUCCAGCCUCAUGAUGUCAGAGUCUGAGCUCAGUGACCAGGACUUCAACAGAGACCCCCCACUGAGGAACCGGACUAAACAAGGACUAAACCAGGUCUAAACCAGGUCUGAACUGGGUCUCAGCAAGGACUGGACCAGAUCUAAACCCAGACUAAACCAGGACUCAACCAGGUCUAAACCAGGUCUAAACAAGAGCAGAUAAACUUUAUUGCCCCACCAGGAGAAAUGUGUCUUGGAAGUGAAGAGCAGGUGCAUAAACAUCACAACAAUACACAGAAACAGAAUUAAAACAGACAAAAAUACAGUGCAGUUCAUUACACCCAUGUCACAGUCAGUACAGAAUCAAAAGAAACAGUAAAGUGACACUGGGAGGUGUGAAGAAUCCCUCAGUCGUCCAGGUAGAAUCCAUGGU